UGGAAGAGUAAAGGGGUAAAAGAUUGAACGUGAAGUUAGGGAGAGAAAGGGAACACAAUACUAGAAUACAAGCAAUCUCUUAAUUAAUUUCCCACCAAAAUUAUGUCUUCCAUUCAUUUAAAAACCCCUCCUCUCUCUACGGUAUCUACUCUCUAUCUAUCCUUCCUUAAAUUAAGAUAAGGCCAUAAAUUUUCUCUCUACAUUAAUUUUCCUUGCAAUUCCUGAGUUUUUCCCUUUCUAGUCAAAAAAAACAAAGAAAAUGAAUUUUAUUGGCCUAAAUUUUUAAUUAAUUUCUUGAGAUUAUAAACUAUUUUUUCUGGGCUAUAUUGAUUUUAAAGCUAAUAUAUUUAUCUAAAUAUCACAAAAAAAAGGUCAGAAAAAAAGAGGAAUUUAAAAAUGUUGUGUAAAAUGAUAUCAAAGAAGAAGAAAACUGGUGUAGUACCAGUUUAUUUGAAUGUGUAUGAUCUUACUCCCAUUAAUGGCUAUGCUUAUUGGCUUGGUCUUGGUAUUUACCAUUCUGGUGUUCAAGUGCAUGAGGUCGAGUAUGCAUUCGGAGCUCAUGAUCAUGCCAAAACUGGAGUAUUCGAAGUGGAACCCAAGCAUUGCCCGGGCUUCACAUUUCGAAAAUCAAUUUUGGUCGGAAGAACAGAUAUGGAUGCGAAGGAGGUUCGGACAUUGAUAGAGAAGCUUUCCAAAGAGUACUUUGGUAAUACUUAUCAUCUCAUUAGCAAAAAUUGUAACCAUUUUUGCAAUGAUUUAUGUAUACGCUUGACUGGAAAGCCGAUUCCAAGUUGGGUCAAUAGACUAGCUCGACUAGGUCUAUUGUGCAAGUGUGUUCUCCCAGCAGCUUUAGACGAAACAAAGGUUCGCCAUUUUAGACCCGAAAACAAGACUCGUGUUGAAGUAGAUCAAAAGAAGUUGAGAAGCCAAUCAAGUAGGCUUGAGCCCUCAAAUUCUAAUUCAUCUAAAUUGUCGGGAUGUUCUUCAAAUUCCGCCAGCAGAAGUAGGAGGCAGAGACGAUGUAUUCCUCCUUCAUCGUCUUUGGUUUGCGCUUACCCUCAGCCGGAAGCUGUUUCAUAGAGGUUUAUCUUUUUCUUAGUUUAGAUUUGUAAUGUAAAGGUGUGAUGCAUACUUCUUUGGUAGAAUGUGCAAGUUUCAAUUGUUUUUGUAGUUUUCACUCAUAGUUCCAAACCCACCAACCCUAAAAUUAGAGGGUAAAUGGUUGUCUAAGUGAAGUAUAGUCUACUAAAAAAACAAAAGUUAGUGUAUA